GAGAUCAACUUCCGAGAGCAGAAUAAUAUGUCUUCUACUCCCCGCCGUCGUCCUUCAGGCUUUUCCAAUUCUUUUUAACAGAGAGUAGGGUUGACAUGGCAUCCCGAAAGGGUGUUCACGUUGCAGGUACAGAUGGAAGUGACUUCAAUCAUCGACAAAAAGUUGCUUCACAUUACCAGAUAAGUGCCACCUACAAAUCGCGCCUAAAAACGUCCAUCAUCUUCCACUUCUUCCUCACCCUGCUGAUGUGCGCAAAGGUUGCGGAAGACGUCCUCGACCGCCUCGACAUCUUCAUUCUGGAACUAGAAGAACUCUACCUGCCAAAGCCUCUGCUGUGGGAGUGGCUCUGGCUGUCGAGCAUCGCCUUUGCCCUUCCCGGCCUGACGGCCAUCCGCCGCAACCGGCUCAACUCGCUCCGCGUGUACAGCGCCGGCACGUUUCUCCUGGCCCUGUGCCCGGCGGUCGGUGCGGCGAUAUACUUCUUCCGCGAGAUGUACACCUACGUCCGCAUGGGCCACUCCGCCGGAAACAUCCAGCUGUGGCAGGGCUACCCCGUUGCUGUGCUGUGGUAUGCGUUUCUCCUGCUGGCGCUGCAGGCACACGUGUUCUCCCUCUAUUUUGCGGUCAGGUUGAUGAUGGCGUGGCAACAGGGCACGGCCGUUCGCAAGACAAAUUGAGACUGGAUCUGUGCUAGAGUUGUAUUUUUAUGCAUCGAAGAAUGACUGAGUUGUUUCUCUCUCUUUUUUUUUUUUUUUUUUUUUUGUGACCGUACGUUUUUAUCUAGUUUGUUGCCGUGUAAAAACAUUUUGGUGAGUGUGAGUACGAGCGGGUGCCUUUCUUCGGAUGUACGUAGCCGAUAUCCCCAGCCACGUUGUUUCGCGAAACUGCGCAACGGUUGCAUUUCACUGAGAGCGUUCGCAUCACGAGACCUCCGUCGACAGUGCCACAAAUUCUUCCUCUCAGAAAAUACGCGAUUCCUCCCUCUCGUUAUUUCCGUGCCCCGACACGAAUUCCAGGCAGUUUUCCAUCCUUUUGUCCAUUUGCUCGUUGUACAAUGUGUUGUACGCCGGAGCGUUCUGGUGUGUCAGUAAUCUACGUGUGAAUGGUCUUCCCACCUCAUUGUAAGUUCGAGCAGCUGUGGUUAAGAAAUGAAAUGGCCGAUUAAUAAUGUCCUCGCGCGAAUGUUUUGGUGGAGUUUGAUUGUGUCACAAUUUUAUGGCAAUGACAACUAAGCUUCUAGACGUGCCUUCAGGAGUGUUAACGUUUUGUCGUGGGACCUCUACAUCUUGCAUGUGUGCAGUGUGUAAGUUAUAUCGUCCAAGUGAGAGACCACACGCCGGCACACACGUAUUGCUUUCUUGUCAGCCCAAGAUCUUAUGUGCUACCACUGCCAGCGCAAUCGAAAAAAUUAAAAGAGUGUACCUAAACCA